AUGGCGAACACCACAGUAAGUCCCAGCUCCGCUCGAAGAAAUUCUAGCUCACACUCUCAGCAGCGUACCCAGCAGGUCCCUCAACAUGUGACUGCAUUGCUCUCCCAUCUCACCUCUCGCCCGGGCGUACAAUCGACCCUGAUCCUUUCCCGCAAAGACGGCUCCAUCAUCCAAAGCACAGGACAGCUAGCAGCGCCAACCUCUCUCGAGAAUAGUUCCUCGCGCCCUCCGAUUUCUUCUCCCUCUGAACCCAACCCUCUCUCCGCUCAAUCUACCGACUCCUCCCCUGCCUCGCCUGCUCUCGCCUGCUUCGGCACUGGGGUUUCCCUCGCGCGACCUGCUUUCGGCGAGUCACCGGCAACAGGGGAGGCCACCCAGGAGUAUGGGGUGGGCAAGGGCCCGCGGGAGGAGGAUCGGGACGGUGAUGCGGGUCGCGAAGAGGAUGACGAGGUGAAGCUGCUCCGGAUGCGCACGCGAAAACAUGAGAUUGUCGUCGUACCGGACCGGAAGUAUCUGCUGUGUGUUGUACACGACGCUGCUCCUGGGCCUGCGACGAGUACGCGCUCUCGGUAA